CAACAACAAUACAACCAACCACAACAGCCUUGCGUCGCCAUACGCCAAUUGAAAUCCUUUGCCCAGCAACAAGAAUUGACCGAGGACUAUGUUGCCCCACUUGCAAACCAAGAUUUUCGGUGCGGAGUUGCUAAUAGUCUAGUGGCAGAUACAAGAAUCGUCGGUGGAUCAGAAACACAACCCAAUGAAUAUCCGUGGACCGCGUUUUUAAACUUGUAUUUUUGGAAUGGAGAUAAAGCUACGUGUACAGGGACACUUAUCGGUUCCAGGUGGAUUCUAACUGCCGCUCAUUGCACCUAUGGAGCCGUCAACGUUUCAGUCGUUUUAGGAGCGCACGAUACGACAAUUGGUGACAAUGAGCCUCAUCGUCAAACAUUUGUUGUAUCAGCUCGCAACAUGAAACCUCAUCCGGAUUACAUAUUUGGCGAUGUGGAGAACGAUAUUGCUUUGCUAGAACUGCCGCAAGAAGUCACCUAUUCCAAAUUCAUCGUGCCAGCCUGUCUUCCCUUUUCGGAUGACCCUGAUCUUGUUGGAGAACCAGUAACCCUAGUCGGAUGGGGAAAUUAUUCUAGCAUUCCCGAUUCUGGUCUCAGUCCCCAAUUGCGUCGAGUGGACACAUCUGUCAUUUCUUCCUACGGCACUAACAGCCAAUGCCAACGAGAAGCUGGUACAGGACCAUUUUCCGGGGAUAAAAUCAUUUGUGGCGACGGAUCUCAAGGCCACCGCUUUUGCUACGGUGACGAUGGCGGCCCGAUGAACUACUACAACAAUUUGACUGGAACGUACACUAUCGCUGGAGUGGCAUGGAUUGGCGAUGCAACCUCCAACUGCCAAAGCUCUGGAUUGCCUACUCUUUACGCCCGUGUUCGCCAUUAUGUCGAUUGGAUUUACAAUAGCACUGAUAUUGCCCCAGCUCCUAAACCGACAACAACAACAACCACCACCACUACGACAACAACGACGGAAGAUCCUACAGUUUUCAGUUGCAGGAAUAAGCCGGAUGGUGUCUAUGCCAAUCCGUUCGACGACUGUUCCACCAUUUUCUACAUGUGCUCCAACUAUAUCAAAUCAGAAAUGAAUUGCCCAGAUGCUGGCACAGUUUUUAACUCGGAUUUAUGCUAUUGCGACUAUCCCUAUAAUGUUCCAGCUUGUGGAGUCUAGCCCCCAUUUCGUGCUUUCAAUCCAUAACUAUAAUCCGUAUGCAUAUAAAUGUAUGACAUUUGAAAAUAAUGCUU